UAUUUAUUUUUUAUUGUGAAGGAUGGAGGGGGCGUGGCCAUCCUUGUGGCGUCACUACCCAUCAGGUCGUCGACCACUGAGGGGAUGAAGGCAAGAGGAGCCGCUUCACAUUGCCUGCACUAAAAUAGACAUCAAUUAAUUACAAUAAGGGCGGGGCACGCACGAGCAGGAGGGAGCGUAUCAGGAGUCGUGGGUGUCGCCUUCAGGAGUCCCCAUCAACCCCUCAUGCGCUUGGACCGCUCCUGAUCCCCAACGCAGCGAGUAGCCAGCACCUCCGCCAGCCGAGAUGGACGACGACGGACGUUACCGGGACAACCGCUCUGACUUCAUCCGCGGAGCCAAGGACAUCGCCAAGGUGGCCAAGAAGCAGGUGGGCAAGAAAAUGGGGCGCGGCGUGGACAAGAUGGCCGACGAGUACACCCGCCGCUCCUACAAGCGUUUCGAGGAGGAAGACGAUGACGACGACUACGCCGGGGUGCCGGUCGGCGAAGACGGCGGCGGUAGAGGCUACUACCGCAACGAUAGCCGCGCCAACGAUGACGACGCCCACAGUGACUCUACCGAAGGCCACGACGAGGACGACGAGAUCUACGAGGGCGAGUACCAGGGCAUCCCGCGGGGAGACUCGGGCAAGGCGGACGGCGCGGCGGUGCACGCGCAUGCGCAGGUGCAGGCACAGCACUUCCGGGACCUGUCGGCGUAUGAAGGCGAGCGCAGGAAGGACCAGGAGGAGCUGGCCCAGCAGUACGAGAGCAUCUUGCAAGAGUGCGGCCAUGGAAAGUUCCAGUGGACGCUCUACUUCGUGCUGGGUUUGGCACUCAUGGCCGACGGCGUGGAGAUCUUCGUCGUAGGCUUUGUGCUGCCAAGCGCCGAGAAGGACAUGUGCCUGUCGGAACCCAACAAGGGAAUGCUGGGCCUGAUCGUAUAUCUGGGAAUGAUGGUGGGUGCGUUCGUGUGGGGCGGCCUGGCCGACCGCAUCGGGCGGCGGCAAACGCUGCUCAUCUCGCUGUCCAUCAACAGCGUAUUUGCCUUCUUCUCGUCCUUCGUGCAAGGCUACAGCUCCUUCCUCUUCUGCCGCCUGGCUUCCGGAGUCGGCAUCGGUGGCUCCAUCCCCAUCGUGUUCUCCUACUACUCCGAGUUUCUGGCUCAGGAGAAGCGAGGGGAGCACCUCAGCUGGCUCUGCAUGUUCUGGAUGAUCGGCGGCAUCUACGCCUCGGCCAUGGCCUGGGCCAUCAUUCCACACUAUGGCUGGAGCUUCCAGAUGGGCUCAGCCUACCAGUUCCACAGCUGGCGCGUCUUCGUACUGGUGUGUGCGUUCCCCUCGGUGGCGGCCAUUUCGGCCCUCACCACCAUGCCCGAGAGUCCUCGCUUCUACCUGGAGAAUGGGAAACACGACGAGGCUUGGAUGAUUCUGAAGCAGGUGCAUGACACCAACAUGAGGGCCAAAGGAUAUCCGGAGAGAGUGUUCUCUGUGACCACCAUCAAAACAGUGAAGCAGAUGGACGAGCUGGUCAACUUGGGAGAUGGCGCCGCUUGGCACGAGAAAUGGAGAAUAAAACUCACCUCGCUUUUCCAUCAGGUGUGGAGUAAUUUCCAGACGGUUUUCUCCCCCGAGUACCGCCGCACCACUUACAUGAUGAUGGCCGUCUGGUUCUCCAUGUCCUUUAGCUACUACGGUCUGACCGUGUGGUUCCCCGACAUGAUCAAGUACCUUCAGAAGCAGGAGUACGCCUCACGCACCAAAGUUUUUGUCAAGGAGAAGGUGGAGCACGUCACCUUCAACUUCACCCUGGAAAACCAGGUGCACCGCCAGGGGGAGUACUUCAACGACAAGUUCAUGAACCUGAAAAUGAGGUCCAUGGUGUUUGAGGACUCGCUGUUUGAGGAGUGCUACUUUGAGGACAUCACCUCCAGUAACACUUUCUUCAAGAACUGCACUUUCAUUGCCACCCUCUUCUACAACACAGACCUGUUCAAGUACAGGUUGGUCAACAGCCGUCUGAUCAACAGCACCUUCCUGCACAACAAGGAGGGUUGCCUGCUGAGCGACGUGAGCGAUGAGAACAACGCCUACAUGGUCUACUUUGUCAGCUUCCUGGGGACCUUGGCCGUGUUACCGGGCAACAUCGUGUCGGCGUUGCUGAUGGACAAGAUCGGCCGGCUCAGGAUGCUCGCGGGUUCCAGCGUGAUUUCCUGCGUCAGCUGCUUCUUCCUGUCAUUCGGCAACAGCGAGUCAGCCAUGAUCGCGCUGCUUUGCCUGUUUGGCGGCAUCAGCAUCGCCUCCUGGAACGCCCUGGAUGUGCUGACCGUUGAGCUCUACCCCUCCGACAAGAGGACCACGGCGUUCGGCUUCCUCAACGCGCUGUGCAAACUGGCGGCGGUGCUGGGAAUAAGCAUCUUCACGUCGUUCGUGGGCAUCACCAAGGCCGUGCCCAUUCUCUUCGCUUCGGGGGCGCUGGCGGCCGGCAGUUUCCUGGCCCUCAAACUACCUGAGACCAGGGGUCAGGUGCUGCAAUAAUAAAAGGCCAUAGGGGAGCUUACGGAGGUGAGAUUGGAGCUUUAGUCACAAUUGGUUUGAAUGGAAUCAUGACACAAUUUGUAGACACCCCCUCCAAAAAUGUGGCGGAAGUCCGGGGUCCGGGAACUGGGAGGCUCCUGAUGGUGAGCCAUACAAAAUCCGAUAGCUUGUCCACUCACAUACACCAAUCAUUCCAUUUGAUGCCUUUCUUUGAAAAAAAAAAAAAUGAGAGGCGUUUUCAUCGAUGGUCGUUUUGUUGACACUUAAGCAUUCCGGGUUUGUUUUUGUUGUGGUGGGCACAAACGAAGCCCCUCUUGCCCUUUAAAAACAUGAUUUACGUUCAUUAACGUCGACUUGAAAGUCAUCAAGUGUCCAUUUAAAGCACAAGCGUAGUGCGAGUGUGCGUGCUCUCAUAUCGUAAAUCCCUUUGUAGAGAAAUGGCUUUUUAGGACUUCUCCUGGCCCCGCCCACCUCCACCUCGUGUUAUGCAUGUCCAAGUGUAUGUAUGUACAUGUAUGGAUUUACAUGUACUCAAAAAGCAUCAAAACCAUGUACAGUACAGAUGUGAGACCAGGCUCUUUUCAAAAUGCCGCUUUUCCACCGCAAGGUACCCAAGCACUCCAGCAUUUGAACAGAAUCACAAAGAAGCGACAAUCGUCUCUCUUCUCACCGAGUCAGCCACCACCUCAACAUUUGUUUAUCAACCUGCCCGCGCUGCUGCAAAGUGUGUUGAAAUUCCAGCUUUUUAUCGAGACCAUUUGGCCCUGACUUCAAAUGCUGAUAUGGAAGCGUUCAAAAAGCUGGCAAACUUUCAGUCAGAAAGCAGGCGGAGUCUCACGUGACUUGGUUUGACAAAAAUUCGAUACCUUUGGUGUGGCAGAGAUCUUAGGAAUGUUGCUCAAGCCAUGUUUCAAACCAUGCUCAAAGUAUAACAUCUAUCUAAAAAAAAAAUGAGCACAAUGGAGCAAAAUAAGGUAGGCGACUUUUAUCCAAGAGGAGACUGCGAGCAGCUGGAUAACAACAUCAGGCGCCACAGUCUCCACUUGGCUGCAAGGUGAAGAUCAACUUAGCAAGCAUGUUUUCCUUCCAGAUUAGCCAUGGGUGAGGAGGAGACCAAUUUCAUCCAAGACGAGACAGAGGGCAGCGAAGUGGAGAAUAUGGAGUACAGCUAAGGCUAUGCUAACAUUAGCAUUUGUUUAUUCUUCCCCUCAGCCCAAGAAAUAGUCCCUGGUACGGCAAGAGCAUCGUGGUGCAGUGGAAAAGCGACAUUAUUAUUAUGUGUUACGUAAGAGAUGACAAGAUACGCCUAAUAUAUGAAAUUAUCUUCAUAACAAUUAUGAUAACGACCUGUGUGAAGUGAAUGUUAGCCUGAUUGUCGUGCAAUAUGGAACCCUUCCCGUGCAAUAUCCCCCCCCAUCAUCAUUUUAUUACUGAUGAUUUUCUUUUUUGGGGGUUGGCAAAAUAAUUUCACCAAACUAGACAUACCCUGCAGGGCUUGACCAAUAGGUGGCGCUAAUCAUGUGUGAAAAUGAGAUUCACUGCCAAGGGCUGAGAGUGUAACAGCACAGGGUAGAUUCAACAAAAACACAGCAACCGUCGUUCACAUCCGUUCACAUCGUUUAUGUCGAAAACUGCCAUUUUAUAGGAUAGCAGCCAUAUUAGAUGCAACUUUAUGUACAGGGCAGUCGCAAUUCCAUUUUUAUUUGAAUUUGUUCACCGCCGUAUCCCAAAAAGGAUUCAAUUUAUUUCACUCAAAAUUCUGCACACAACACAACCAAAAAACAUGGACGGAGAUUCUUUAUAAUUCCAUUUUUUGCUAAUUUAUUGAAAAGUAAAUUUACGAUCACACAUUUGUCAACAACAUAUCUGAUUGGUACUCGUCAGUUCCCAGAACUGAAAAAUUCCUGAAACUUUCGCUCCAGAUUCUCUUUCAUCGUGUUUCAUGUCAAAUUUGAUUCAAAUAAUUUCUGUUAGAUUGAAUGCAUUCAUUUUUCCUUUCAAAUUCAAAACUCCAUUGUGAUUUUUUUUUUCACUUGAGGCAAAAAGAAGGCCCUUUUACAGUAGUACCUUUGAAAAUAUUUGAUUGGAACCGUUGAAUUCCUGGAACUACAAGUCCCCAGAAAUAAUUUCUGGAACUUGUGCGUCAGGUUGUCUCCGGUCUACUUAAAUUGACCUGAAUUCUGGGUUAAAAACAACACCCGGUUAAUACUUUCAGUGGUCCGGUAACCAAUAUACCCUGAAGCUAACUUCCAGGAACUAAAGAUGACAACAACUUAAGAGUUCUUGGAACUACAAUUUCAGAUUUUCUAUCAUUUAUUUGAAUUUUGUUUUGGGGUAAAGAAAAGACCAUUCAUGCAGUGGAUUAAAACCUGGAGUGCCAGGAACUAAAGCUACGCAGAACAAAAAGUUCCUGGAAUUUUAGCUUCAUAUUACAGGAUUGUCUUUUGUUCUUGGGCUAAUGAGAAAAGACCAAUAAAUCUGAUUGUAACCUUUUAAUUCCCUAUAGGUGCAAAAAAA